AUGAUUGUUGACGAAUCUGGUGAUAACCAUAAACGUGUAAAGAUUACUACUGCCUGUGAUACUUGUAGAAGAAGGAAAGUUAAAUGUGAUGGCGCUUCCCCAUGUGCCAAUUGUCAACGAGGAGGUUAUCAAUGUACAUUCUCGGAUUCGUCUUCGAAACGACCUAGAGGUCCUCCUAAAGGAUUUGUAGCAUUGAUAGAAGAUAGAUUACACACUAUAGAAUCUCUUUUGGUUAAUCUCGUCAAUAAAGAUAAUAGUAAUGAACUUAAUAAGGAAAUCAAACGAGAAAGAGAAACAACAAUCGAGGAGACAACAACAAGUACACGACAAAAAUUCUCUACAUUUAAAAUACGACAUUAUUCCCCUUCAAAUAAUAUUGCAACCACAAAUUCACAGCACCAUUUAUUCAUUCCUUCAACACCUCCUGCCGAUGCGACUGGAUUUUCCGGAUUUUCCGAAUCCCCAACUUUGAUCUCCUCUUAUAAUGAUGACUUAGUCAGUGAUGAUGAGGAUAUACUUCACCAAAAUUUGGUUUCUCCAAAUGACGUUAAUAGUUUACAAAGUAGCAAUCUUUUAUUUCUUAUCAACCCAAAUCAAUCUGGUGCUUCAUAUGUCGAUCCUCCAUUACCAACAUCCAUACCACAACUGAGCAAAGCUUUGCCUGCUGAUGUCACACAAUUAUUAUUGGAAAAAUAUUUUAACCAUUUUCAUCCAUAUUUUCCCAUCAUCAACCGAGCAAAAUUUUUCAGACGUUUAUCAAACCCUAAUGUCGAAGACCAACCUUCUCCGUUACUCCUUAAUGCUAUUUAUUCUGUUGGUGACAUGACGGUCGGUGAUUGCAUUUGCAUGGUGGCAAAUUGGUCAAAUAUUUGA